AUGGGCAGUCGGUUUGGGAAGGACAGCAUGGAGGAGAUGAAGGAAGGUUCCAAGCGGUCACAUCCGCCACGCAGGCCUGUGCGAGCGGUCAGGCCAGUUAGUGCCUUCAGCGGCAGCGGUACCUUCCUCCAGAUCAAUCACCUGCAAGGCGAGCUGGUGCGCAAGAGAAAGGAAUGCGAGGACCUAAAGAAGGAGAACAAAUAUCUAUCCAAUGAGAUACACAUGGAGAGAAUCAUGAUGAGAACAGAGAGUGAGCUGACCAUGAGGAACCUUAGGAACCUCAAUCAGGAGCUACAGGCCCAGGUUAAAGAGCUGAAACAGAAACUGCACCUGAGCCAGCAGAGGGCAUCUCUGUGCUCCAGGGCAGUGGAGGAGGCAGACAUGUCACGAGGGGAGGCAGAAAAGAGUCGAACACUGGCAGAGGCUCGGGCAGUGGAGAGCAGGCAAGAGAGAGAUGUGGUACUGGCUGAGAAAGCACGACUCAGUGAAGACCUGCAGCAUCUCAGUAAAGAGCACACCAAUGUGCAGCUGCUUUUGGCCCAGACUGAGAAGAAUUACUUUGAGACCAAGCUGAAGCUGGAGAGGAUCUCUGGAGAGAAGCAGUUUCUGCUGGAGGAGAACAAGGGUUUAGAGGAAGAGAGAACCACACUGCGGCACAGGCUGAAGGAGCUGACAGAGGAGAAUGCGAAAAUCAAAGAAAAGGAGGUGAGCUGGAGGCGCAGGGCUGCAGCAGCCGAGGAGCUGAGCGAGAGGGCCAGUAAGGCGAAGGAGCAGGCCGAGCAGGAGCGCAGGCUGGCAGAGAGAGAGAAGGAGGAGCGCAUCAGCGAGUGUCUCAGCUGGAGGGAGAAACACCAAACCCUGGCAGAUAUCUUCAGAGCCCAGGAGGACCUCAAAUCUCAGAGGCAGAACAAAGCAUGUCAAACCAACAUAAAAAGCUACUUCCUGUGUAUGACUGAAAGUGACCAGAGGGUUAAGAUCCUGAAGAACCAUGACGGAACUCCAAGGAACUUCAUGGAAGGAGAUCCGGUGUACAUUUCGGCAGCUGAAGCCGGUAGUGAAGAUUCAGACAGAGGAACAGGAAGAACCAUGCUCAGGGUUGCUGCCCCCAGGGGAAGAGACUCUGGACCAGCUCACUUCAGUGAACUGUCACCAAUGGGAGGAGACACUCCUGACUCCAACCCUUUAAGGAGAAGUCGGAAAGUGGUUGAAUACUUCUGGAUCCCCACCGAUGAAGAAUAAUCAGAGAAGCCAGUUAUUUACCUCAACUGAGAGACUUUAAAGUAGAGCAGAUAUAUAAAAGAAAUAUAAAAUC